CAACCAGAAACCGUUUCUCUUGUACCGCAUGGAAAUCCAUCAUGGCAAGCCGAUCCAUAGGAAAGAUUUUGAGGAAUUUGCAGUUUAGGCCUGUACAAGAUAUGAAAUUUACCUUUGAUCCUUAUAAAGAUAAUGUCCGCUCAAUCAGAGAGAUAUUAUUUCAGUUACAGUCCCCCAAACUGAUCUCAACUAAUGAGAAUGUCAAUAUGAAACUGGAUAUCAAGUCCGAUAGAUCCGAUCCUCGCAUAGACAUAAACUUUUCUGAUGGGCAGAAACUGAUCUUCAAAACAGCAAAUCUGACUACAUUAGAAAUUCUUGACCGAUUAAACCAAAUAUGUAUGGACAAAGAUCCCAAGAAGAAUGAGGCAGCUACAGUGACGACAAAAACAGCAAGGAAAAAGAGAUGAUGAUGGCAGAUGGUGUAGCCAUCAUCAAUUGUGACUGUCACAUUGUCAGAUGACAGACUGUGGAUGUGUGCUUCCUGGAUGACUUUCAGGCAGUCAGAGGAGACUCACUGUAUAUAUUGUGUGCAUCGAGAGAUUUGUAACAGUCAAUGGACUGAGUGUGUAUAACUCAAAUGCUAGAUGUGUGGAUGGCUGAAAACUUUUAUGAUAUUGACUAUAAAGGUGAUAGAUAAA